UAGCAGACAACACGUAGCUGGCGUCGCUCGCGGGCGCUCGGUCGCGAGCGUUUGAUUUGAAUCGAGGAAGUUGUCGACGAGUACGCGAGAAUUUUAAUACUCGCGUGAGACGUGCUGAGGUGUGCGAACGUCGUGUGGUACGUCGUACGUACGAUUAGGCUGAAAACAACGAGCGGCGGGCGAGCAACGUGCUAUCGCGACCAUGGAUCCCGAGGCGUUCCUGGACAUGGCCAAUCAGGUUAUUAAGCUGAAAAUGUUCCCGUAUUUCGACAUAGCGCAUUGCGUGCUAGUUGCAGCGCACGUCAGGGAUGAUCUAGGAACCGGUGCACAAGCAUUUUCCCGUAAACAUCCCUUAUCAUGUUGGCUGUCUACAAUGUUGUCCGUUUUUGCAAGCAGUAUGCUGUGCAAUGGAUUAUUAGGGGAACCAAUUCUUGCACCAUUGAAAAAUACACCACAAGUGGUAGUUGCAACUAUUGUGUGGUAUGUGAUAUUUUACACACCGUUUGACAUUGGAUAUAAGAUCGCCAAAUUUUUACCAAUUAAAAUAGUUUGUGCUGCUAUGAAAGAAAUUUAUAGGUGUAAAAAGGUGUACGAUGGAGUAACUCACGCAGGGAAACUUUAUCCAAAUGCAUAUCUCAUUAUGAUAUUGAUUGGAACGUUCAAAGGUAACGGAGCUGAAUUUACCAAAUUAUUUGAGCGUCUUAUACGUGGCGUAUGGACACCGACUGCGAUGGAAUUCAUGCAACCUAGUUUUCCUACGAAAGCAUCUAUGGUUGCAUCAAUUAUCUUUGUAUUAGAUAAGAAGACUGAUCUCAUUUCUGCUCCUCAUGCUCUUGUAUACUUUGGCAUUGUUAUUUUCUUUGUCUACUUCAAGUUAUCAUCAAUUUUGCUUGGCAUUCAUGAUCCAUUUGUGCCAUUUGAAAAUUUAUUCUGCGCUUUAUUCCUGGGAGGAAUUUGGGACUCAUUGGCUAGAUUGUUUGGUCGUGGUCAAGCUAAAGAUGAAAAGGCGGACGCAAAGAAGACAAAUUAAAUAACAAAAACAUGAUUUCAUCAAAAGUGAGCAUUGAUUUAACAAAUGAUGAAAUAAAAUGGAUGAAAUAAAAUUAUUUAAAGCUAGUCAAAAAAGAUAUGGUGACUUUUGACAAAUUUUGAAAUAUUGAAGCUAAGUACAAUAAUUUAAUACAACAGAA